AUGAGCCGCUUCCGUGCGGUGGGCAAGGCCGUGGUCGAUCGACGCCUCUUCUCGCACAAGGCGCUCAAGCUGCCCGAGUACCCCGUGGACACGACGUACCUCGUUGCGCACUACACGGCGCCGGCGCUCGCAGCGGGCUUUAGCGACAGGGAACAAACGCUGCGCCGUUGUGCCAAGCUGCUCGAAGAAGGCAAAAUCGAUGAGCUGGCGCUUCUGCUGCAGCCAUUCCGUGGCGCUGCCCUGGUGAAGGACAAGCCGCCUACGACAGAUCUGCUGGACGCUUUCUCGGGACGGCACUUGGACCGCAUCCGCAAGCGCUUGAACCGACUUCCGCGGCAAAUCGCCAAGGCGUCAGCAAAGCGCGCGGCGGUUGUGAUUCCGCUCUGUACGAUGGCGAGUGAUGGCAGUCCGCACGUCAUUUUCACGCUGCGGUCGUCCCAGAUGCGCUUCCAUCGCGGCGAAGUGUGCUUUCCAGGGGGCAUGGUCGAAAACAUUGACAACUGCAUCGAAGACACGUGCUUGCGCGAGAUGGAGGAAGAAGUCGGCGUCCGCGCCUCGCAGGUCAACGUGCUCGGUGUUUUGCGCUGCGAUUGGUCGAACGUUGCAUCGAUUACAGGCGUGGCCGUGACGCCCGUGGUCGGCCACAUUGCCGACUUCAACGCCGACCUGCUGCGCAUCAACGCGAGCGAGGUCGAGAGCCUCUUCACGGUGCCUCUCUCACUGCUCGUCGAAGACAAGUACUGGAUCCGACCCAAAAACGCAACGCCCGUCUUCACGGCAGGCCCACACGUCAUUUGGGGCCUCACGGCGUACAUCCUCGACAUUUGCGUCCGCGACGUGCUCCUUAUCGACCAGCCGCUCAAGGAAAUUAGCACGCCCGAGCCCGAGUCGCAUUUUGUCUAA